AUGUUAUACAACGCUGGUUGGAAGUAUUGGUGUUUCGAUGGUUAUCAACCAGUUCUGGACGCUUUGAACAUAACUGAAGAGCAAAUUCCACAGAAAAUGGAUCAAAUUGAGGUUGAUCAUUGUGAGUUUUUUAAAUUUGAAAGAUUAUUUUGGAUUGAAAAUUUUAACUUUAGGCUUAAAAAUACAAUUUAGGCUUAGAAAUGAAAGCUUUAGUUUUUAGGCUUGCUAAUACACUGUUUAGCUUAUAAAUGAACCUUUAGGCUUAAAAAUGUUACUAAUAUUAGGCUGUUCACAUAAUUCUGCGCUCUCUUACGCCAAAAAUUUGCUUUUAGAAAGGGCGCAGAAUUAAGUGAACAAUUUAAUAUGUUCAAUAUAAAAAUUAUUUUCUAGUCGUAUCCAACGUUCACAUAGUAUUCGAAUUCAUCAUGGCAGCCACAGCCUUUAGUGCCAACACUGUUCUCUUUAUCAUUAUGAAUCGCCUCAAGAAACAAUUUGCUUCAUUCAUUUUCAUUUUGCGUUUGGCUAUGGCAGUCGACUGUUUUAUGGCAUUAUGCACUUUAACAUGUCAACCAGUAGUUCAUGUGUCAUAUGGUUACUUUACAGUAUACUGUGAAAACCCAUUGUUACCUAAAGCCAUGAUCGUCAAAUGUAUGGCUAUGGUAUUUCAAGGCACGGCGAUUAUAGCGACUGUAGUUUGGCUCCCGGUGCAGUUUGCUUAUCGGUAUCAUGUUGUGGUGGAGUGAGUUGGUGAUUAACACAGAUUUAGCAUAAGAGCUCUAGUUCAGACCCCUAGCCCAGAGCCUUAGCAGAGAGCCCUAGUCCAGAGCCCUAACCCAGGGCCCUAGUCCAGAGCUUUAGCUCAGAGCCCUAGCCUAAAGCCCUAGCUCAGAGCCGUAGCCCAGAGCCCUAGCCCAGAGCCGCAGCCCAAAGCCCUAGCUCAGAGCCCUAGCCUUACGCUUAACUUUUUUCAGAGGCCUAGAACCUCCCGAACACCGUAAAAUCAUCUACUUCUCCGCCACCCUAGUAGCCUUCGCAUUGACUAUCUACAACAUGUGGGCAGUUCAUCGACCAUUGCCUGAGUACCAAGUGAUAUCUCGACUACUGUACCAUCUUGAUGGUUGGAAUACCGAACCAGACCAAGUCUUUAUGGGUGGUAAUAUAGCUGAACCGAGGAUGUGGCUCUUCGCUGGAUGGAAUAUGUUCUCGACGACUGUUAGCUACGCUAUAGUAAUAUAUAUUGAACUGAGGAUUUUGACAGCGUUAAACAAAAUGGCAAAGAAUAGUGGUACUAAACAGCACCAGGAGCUGAAUCGAGCUUUGACGGCUUUAGUAAGAGGUUUUAGAAGAGCAUGUUAGGUCGUUCAAAUAAUUCUGUGCUCUUUAACUCUGAAAAUUUGCGUUGAAAAAAGCACAGAAUUAUUCGAACUACCGUGUAAUAACUGAAACAUAAAUUUAAAAUAGUUUUUAAAAAAUAGUACUAGUGGUACCAUUUUUAGCACCAAGUGCACCAUUUUGUAAAACUUAAGGUUUUUAAAAUUUUAUAAUCAAUGUUUUGUAACAAAUUCAUUUUUUUCUAAAUUGGUACUACUAGUACACUUAGUAGUACUAGUGGUACCAUAUAUGGAAAAAGUUUUAAAAAGCUAAUACUUCAUUUUUCAGGCCGUAGUACCCCUACUAACCUCCGUAGUACCAAUAUCCAUCUACAUGACAGGCUUUUUCACCUGCUUCGACCCAGGAAGCUACUUUAUCAAAAUCACUUUUUCCUUAUCAUUGGCUUCGAUUCUAAAUCCAAUUACUACCAUCGGACUAAUCAAACCGUAUCGUCGUAUGUUCUUCAGUAUGAUCGGAAUGAAACAUUUGGGUGUAAGCAAAACUGAGGCUUCUAAGACGGCUGGCGCUACUUCUGUUGUCAAGCCUUCACAUUAA